AUGGACAAAGGUCAACUUCAGCCAUUACUACUGCCUGAUAUAAAGGAGACUGGUAAAGAGUUAGGUCGUGGAGCUUAUGGUGUUGUUACUGAAGUAAUAGUUAGUGGAACAACCUGUGCUGCUAAAAAGCUUCAUGAUGCUAUUGUACAGGGAUACACUUUGAAGAAAUUUUGUGAUGAGGUGCUUCUUCACAGUCAGCAAAGGCAUCCUAACAUUGUCCAGUUAAUUGGUGUCUAUUAUCCUCCUCGUUCACAAUUACCAAUGUUAGUAAUGGAGUAUCUUCCUUUAUCACUCACACAAUGUCUGGAGAGAGAAGAGCUACCACUUCAAAUGAAGUAUUCUAUUCUUCUUGAUGUUGCUAAGGGUUUGUGUUAUCUUCAUGGUAAACGUCCUCCUAUUGUACAUCGUGACCUCACUGCUAAUAACGUGUUACUGACCUCUUCAUACUCAGCUAAGAUAUCAGAUCUAGGAGUAUCAAGAUUAGCCGAUACCUUUAAAAAGCAUCACCUCACUACAGCACCUGGUAAUGCUAUCGUAAUGCCACCAGAAGCUCUUGAAGAUAAUCCGGUAUAUGAUCACAAGUUAGAUGUAUUCUCUUAUGGUUGUCUCAUUCUUCAUGUACUUACUGGUCAAUUCCCUGAGCCUACAAACCAGUUUGUACGUAUACCUGGCAAAGAGCACUUCAGGAAAGUAUCAGAAUGGGAUAGAAGAUCAAGCUAUAUUAAAAAUAUACCAAAAGAGACUGAGCUCCUUCCUUUAGCUAAGCAAUGCCUCAAUGAUGCUUCUACUGGUAGACCAGAAAUGAUUGAAUCUUGUCAAUUUAUAGGACAAGUUGUAUCAAAAUACUAUGAUCCAAAAAUAAAAAAGCAACAACUUCAAGAAAGAGAGAGAGAAUCUCAAAAAAGAGAGCGACAGCUUGAGGAAAGAGAGAGAGAGUUCCAAGAAAGAGAGAGACAACUUGAAGAGCAGAUACAAGUGGCAGAGUCUUCCUGGGUAGUGAAUAGAAGAGAGAUUACAAUGACAGAGGUAGUCCUUGGUAAAGGAGGAUGGGGAGAGGUCAAAGUGGCUCAUUUUCGUGGUCUGAAGGUUGCUGCAAAAAGUCUUCAUGAAAUAAUUAUCUCUCCUUAUAACAUUGAGAUAUUCUCUCGUGAAAUGAGCAUUCUUUCUAAAAUACGUCACCCAAACUGCCUUCAGUUCAUAGGAGCGACUACAGAGGGUUAUCCAAUCAUCCUGACAGAGCUAAUGCCAACCAGCCUAAGAAAGGAAUUAGAGAGUGGAGGACUGGCCUAUCCUACCAUACUGAGCAUCAGUUUAGAUGUAGCCUGUGCUCUCAAUUACCUUCAUCUCUUCAAGCCUCAUCCUUUACUACAUAGAGAUGUCAGCAGUGCUAAUGUACUCCUUCAAUCAAUGACAGGAGUAUGGAGAGCUAAAUUAUCAGGCUAUGGUUCAGCCAAUUUUCAGCAUCUUACAAGAACAUGCAAUCCUGGUAAUCCUGUCUAUUCAGCACCUGAAGCAGGCAAUCCAGAGGAACAUUCUCCUGCAAUGGAUGUCUUCAGUAUGGUAUCCUCCUGAUAGAGAUGCUUGUUUGUGAGUUUCCAGACAUAGAAAAGAGAGUGGCUCAGAUUAAAGCUAUCAAGAGACCAACAUUGAAGAAUCUCAUUGAACGUUGUCUGAUAGAGAACUAUGAACGGUGUCCAGCAAUGUCUGAAAUUAUAAAGGAAAUAAAUGAGUGGGUUUAAACAAUAAUUAGUGAAGCAGUGAUUUGGGAGUGACUAGUGAGUAAUUCAUAAUGUUUAUUAAUUUUUGGUAGUCUAUCUUUUCGUUGUUAUUUUUUGUAUUUUUUGCAUGUUUUUUUCAAAAUCAAACAGUUGAUCCAUUGAGCUAA